GUCUAUAUAUACAAUCUCUCUACCAACUUCUUUUUCAUCCCUGUAUCUGUAUAUAACCUCCAUCCCAUCUUCAAAACCAAAAAAAGAAACAAACCCACCUCUCCAUUUGUCUCAAACUCUAUUGGGUGUCGAUCAAAAAAUGGCUUUUUCUUCAAAUAUGGUCAUUUCUCCUAGAAAACUUAGAUAUGAUGUGUAUUCAUAUUCAUACCAACAAGACUCGAAAACCCCUUUGGUCAUCUCUGUUCUUGCUUCUCUCAUUGAAAGAACUUUGGCUAGAAAUGAAAGAAUUAGUAGAAAAUGCGGGUUAAAUGUCAAUCACAGUGGUUCGAAAAGUAGAGUUAGGAUUUUUGACUGCAACGAAACGCCAGAUAUGACGAUUCAAUCGUAUCUUGAGAGGAUCUUUAGGUACACCAAAGCUGGCCCGUCGGUGUAUGUUGUGGCAUAUGUGUAUAUUGAUCGGUUUUGCCGCUUGCUGCCGGAGUUUCGGAUAACUGGCCGGAAUGUUCAUAGGCUUCUGAUCACAACGAUUAUGGUGGCUUCAAAGUAUGUUGAAGACAUGAAUUAUAGAAAUUCAUACUUUGCAAGAGUUGGAGGCAUAACAACUAAUGAAAUGAACACAUUAGAGCUUGAAUUUCUGUUCUUGAUGAACUUCAAACUGCAUGUAAAUGUGACUGUUUUUGAGAGUUAUUGUUGCCAUUUAGAAAGGGAAGUGAGCAUUGGAGGUGGAUAUCAUAUCGAGAAAACUCUGCGAUGUGCUGAAGAAAUAAAAUCCCAGCAACGAGGGUACAGUCAGAUUGCCAGAAUUUCGUUGUAAAGCGAACUUAUUUUUGAUUUAUGUAUAAAUGGAAAUAUGUACAAAGAAAGUCUUACGAGGGUUUUUGCUUCAAACAAGGUUUACUUUUGAUUGACUACAAAAGAUGCGUGUGUUCAAAAUGAGAUCUAGGAUGUGUUCAUAGUUUUGACCCCUUUUCAACGGGGAUCAUGUCAUCAAAUACAAAGAAGUGUAAAAUAAGUUGUCAUUAGAUAGUUUUGAAUUAUAUUUUAUAUCCGAUUUUGAAUCGUUUUUAGAA